CGCCGACCGUUAUUGGCUGUAUGAAAUUCUAAUCAUCCAAUAGGGACACCUGAAUUCCACCGCAAGCUUCCUUGAAAAUAUUUAAAAUUCUCCCGCUCUUCUUCUGCUAUAAAUAUACUACUAGUUCUUUCUCCAUUUUAAGAAAAAAAACCCUUCAAAUUCAACCAAUGUCUUCGAUUCAAGAAGAGCCGUUGCUAGCCUCCAACCCGGACCGCUUCUGCAUGUUCCCAAUCCAAUACCCACAGAUAUGGGAAAUGUACAAGAAAGCCGAAGCCUCUUUUUGGACUGCCGAGGAAGUUGAUCUCUCUUCCGAUCUUCCACACUGGCAAAAUCUUACCGCCGACGAACGCCACUUCAUCAGUCAUGUCCUUGCCUUCUUCGCCGCAUCCGAUGGCAUCGUCCUCGAAAAUCUCGCCGUUCGCUUCAUGAAAGAGGUCCAAAUCGCAGAGGCGCGUGCGUUUUAUGGAUUCCAAAUCGCCAUCGAGAAUAUCCACUCUGAGAUGUAUAGUCUCCUCCUCGAAACUUAUAUCAAAGAUGCCACCGAAAAAAACCGCCUCUUCCACGCUACUGAAACGGUGCCGUGCGUGGCUAAAAAAGCCGAUUGGGCUUUCAAAUGGAUCGACGGCGGCGAAGCUUUUGCCGAACGGUUAAUCGCUUUCGCUUGCGUAGAAGGCAUAUUUUUCUCCGGCAGUUUCUGCGCGAUAUUUUGGUUAAAAAAGCGCGGGUUAAUGCCUGGAUUAACUUUCUCAAACGAGUUGAUCUCUCGAGAUGAAGGUCUCCAUUGCGACUUUGCUUGCUUGCUGUACUCUCUCCUUCAGUCAAAGCUAAGUGAAGAGCGCGUGAAGGGAAUAGUGAGUGAUGCGGUGUAUAUAGAGAGGGAGUUUGUAUGCGACGCUCUUCCUUGCGCGUUAGUUGGGAUGAAUGGUGAGUUGAUGAGUCAAUACAUUGAGUUCGUUGCGGAUCGGUUGUUAGGAGCUUUAGGGUAUGGCAAAAUGUACAAUGCGGCUAACCCUUUUGAUUGGAUGGAACUAAUUUCAUUGCAAGGGAAAACCAAUUUCUUCGAGAAGAGAGUUGGAGAGUAUCAGAAGGCAGCGGUCAUGUCGAGUUUGAAUGGGAAUGGCAAGACCCAUGAAUUCAAAAUGGAUGAGGACUUUUAGGUAUUUCUUUUUAACGUAGCAAAAAAGAUAGAAAAUCCCUUUUAUUAUUCUGCUUUAUGCUAAUUAGUUUAUCCAAUUUGAUUCAGUGUAAAUAAAUAAAAGGUUUAUUUUUCUUGAA